AUGUCAAAAAUUAGAGCUGCCUGUAUUAUUAUUGGUGAUGAAGUAUUGAAUGGGAAAGUUACUGAUGUUAACUCGACAUUUUUUGCAAAAUUUUGCUUUAACAAUGGUAUUGAAUUAAAAGAAAUUGCUACAGUUGGUGAUGAAGAAAAUCAUAUCAUUGAAACUACCCAAAGACUAGCUAAGAAAUACCAAUUUAUUAUCACUACCGGUGGGAUUGGUCCAACGCACGAUGAUAUUACUUACCAAUCAAUUGCCAAGAGUUUUAAUCUACCAUGUUUGUUAAAUGAGGAAGUCAAAGCCAAAAUGAUGCUUAGAUCUAAAUCUGUUAACAAACUAACUGAAAAACAGUUACUUGAUCACUAUAGAAUGGCAACUGUGCCAACUGGUCCACAAGUUAAAAACUAUUUUGUUUCAGAUGAUCUUUGGGUACCAGUGUGUUCAAUUGAUCACAAAGUGUAUAUUUUCCCAGGGAUCCCUCAAUUAUUUCAAAGGAUGCUAACAGGAUUUUUGCCAAUGAUAAAAAAGAUUUAUAAUUUAAAGGAAAACGAUAGUAGCUAUCUCAGGUUUUAUGUGAAAACUCACCAGACAGAAUCAAUGAUUGCUCAAUAUCUUCGAGAAUUACAAAUAGAAGCUUCUAAGAUCUCUGAAGAUAUUAAAAUUGGUUCAUAUCCUCAUUUUGGCAUGGGGUUCAACACAGUGAGUAUUUUGGGUAGCAAUUCUCAAGAGGAAUAUUUAAGAUUAAUAACACAGAGAACUAUUGAAAAAUUAGAUGGGGAACAAAUAACAGCAAAACAAGAAGAAGAAUAUUCAAACCAGCAAUAA